CGAAUCAUUGCUUUGAGUUUGAGUUCGUGCAUAAAUACUUCAUCGUUUCUGCUAUAUUCUGUUCCCGUUUGUUCAGCGAUCAAAUCCUUCCAAGUUCUUGAAAAGCUCCACCAAAGGAGGAAAUCAUGUUGAUGCAGAAGAGAGCUUUGGCUUCCACUUCUUCAGGUCGACCAAGUCAACUCAAGCGGCCACGCACCGCUGGAACGAAUCAAACAUGGCGUUGGUCUGCGAGAAAUCUUGUGCCGAGGAGCUGGUUGACAGAGGACCGUGUCCGGAGAGUGGUCAGGGAAGAGUUCAGGGAAGAGUGGGAGCGUGUUAAAUCUGACUUGGUCGAAUGCUGUCAAAGUUCCAUGGAGAAUGCUCUCAAAGAGAUGAUGCAACAGAUGAGCUCAAUGAAGAAUGCUGUUCCGAAACUGAGGGAAACAGUGGAGCUCAUGAAUGAUCAAUCUCCCCACCUUGAAUGUACUAAUGCUAAAACUACGGGAAAGAAUGAUGUGAGAAACUUCCGGCUUCACAUUCCAACCAAACUGUCCGAACAUGUAUUUACCGGACAGAAACUAGAAGGAGAAGGGAGUACUCGCAUUUCUGUUGCCUUGAUUGAUGCAGAUGCAGGGGAAGUUGUUAAAUCAGGCCCGGAAUCCUCCAUUAAGUUGGACAUCGUUGUGCUUAAAAGUGACUUCAACAAAGAUGAUGAGGACAACUGGGAUCAAGAAGAGUUUGAGAACUUCAUGGUUAAAGAACGUGAAGGAAAGGGGCCGCUUUUGACAGGAGUUUGCCAGGUGAUGCUCAAGGGAGGUGUUGGGGAGCUGGGAGAACUGAUAUUUAUGGACAAUUCCAGUUGGGACAGGAAUAAAAGAUUUAGGAUAGGGCUUAAGGUGGCAUCAGGUUAUUGUGGGAAUACACGAAUCCGGGAAGCAAAAACAGAUGCCUUUCGUGUCAAGGAACAUAGAGGAGAAUCAAACAAGAAACAUCAUCCACCUGCACUUCAUGAUGAGAUCUGGAGGCUGGAGAAGAUUGCCAAAGAUGGGAAAUCUCACCAAAAAUUGAAUAAAGCCGGAAUAUAUACAGUGGGGGACUUUCUACAGCACCGGUCUACAGACUUCAAGAAGCCGAGAGAGGUACUUGGAAAGAGCAUGACACCGAAGAACUGGGAACACCUCAUAGCUCAUGCAAUGGAGUGCCAAGACUUGAAAACUCAUUCGGAGAAUCCUAAUGUCAAGAGGGAGGAUGCUGCUGAAUUCAGAACUGAUCAUCAACCAACCAACCUAAUCAAUGAUGUGGUAUAUUCUGCUACUGAUCGACUUUCUGCCCAAUGCAAAGUUGAGGAUGGUGACCUUGUAAAUCUAAGUGGCCUUCUGUAG